GAAGAAGCGUCAUUGCGCGCUGGGUACGCAAGACUCCUGCUUCUCCGCAAGUGUUGACUUCUCCUCAGGUGAAGAUAUGUUUUAAACGCAGGGGGAGGAGGGACGCUUUUGUUCUGCAGAAAAAGGGGGCUUGUUCCUCGCAGAUCGCCCUUCCAUUUUAACCAGGGGUGUGAGUGCGAACAAGGGGUUGACAUUGGAGCCUGCGAUGGGAGUAGAGGAGGGGAGACGGGAGUCGCCAGUCCUGCACUACCGAACACCGAAGCAACAUCACCCGCUCUGAACGCACGGGACGCGCACGUUAUUAACCACGCAAAAGCCAGAUAUAAACUCUCUACAACAGGAUACACUGGAUGAUAGCGAUUGAGGAUUCUCUGAAGGAAUUACAAAGAGAUAGCAAUCUGCAGCAAAUUAACUGUCAUCUUCAUUGGCUUCGGGUGACCUUGCAUUUGUAUCCUUAUUAUUAGGACACUCAUCCAGCGCUUUCCUUGCCAAAACUUGAAUGCACCUCUCUUCUAAGUAAGUGCACUUAAACGUUGCUAAUCGAGAGGGCCGCCUGACAGAUAGACAGUUAUUAUCAAUAAUCAAUUAUCAUUAAUCAUUAUUAUCAAUUAUCAUUGUCACAGUUUCACAUUUUACUGGCAAGGUUGUCGAUCAGUUGUAAGCGCCAGCCUUGCCAAAACAGGCUAUGGACAUUUAUUUGACAUGAAAUGUACCCACAUUUUUACAAAACAAAUAAUAGGCUUAACCACUUCUUCCACCAUCUUUGGUCGUUUUGGAUUUUAAUGAAGUUUUUGAAGAGCGACGACUUAAUCAAUUGCAACCGACACCAGUGUUUCACACAGCUUACCUUUACCAAAUAACCUCGAAUUUGGAACACUGCAAGCCCUGUGGUCUGUAUUUAUCGAAGGAACAAUCAACACAAUCAACAUGCGACGCCUCCCUUCCCGGUUGAGUUAUCUGUUCCUACACUUCUUCGCAUUCUGUUACUAUGCUCAGGUAACCAAUCAGUCCUCGCCUAAUUUCACGCAGCAUGUAAGCGAGCAGAGCAAGGUGACAGACCGUGUGAGCCGCAGGUUAAUUCGGACCUAUCAACUUUACAGCCGAACCAGCGGGAAGCAUGUGCAGGUUCUGCCCAACAAGAAGAUCAACGCCAUGGCAGAAGAUGGAGACAUACACGCCAAACUCGUCGUAGAGACGGACACGUUUGGAAGUCGCGUGCGGAUUAAAGGAGCAGAGACAGGAUUCUACAUCUGCAUGAACAAGAAGGGAAAGCUGAUCGGGAAGAAAAAUGGGCAAGGCCGCGACUGCAUCUUCUCAGAGAUUGUCCUGGAGAAUAACUACACGGCGCUGAGGAACGCACGCUUCGAGGGUUGGUACAUGGCUUUCACCAGACGUGGACGCCCCCGGAAAGGCUCGCAAACACGGCAGCAUCAACGCGAGGUCCAUUUUAUGAAACGACUGCCUCGGGGAUCCAAUCCCACUCACCCGGCCCAGCACAAGGCCUUUGACUUCGUCCACUACCCUUUCAGCCCCAGGACUAAACGCACACGCUACUCACCCGAAGGCUGAGGGGGGCAGAGAGGGUGAGACAGAGGAUAAAAAACAAUGACUGAAGCAAGAAUUAACUCCUUUCCAAAACCUCUAGAGACAUUUUUUUUGUACUGAGCGUUACUAUACCUAACAUGUAGUUUUUCUAUUUUUUUCAAAAAGUACAUUUUUUUAAAGAAAAAACCCAUAACAAAUAUAUUUUUGUACCUGAUACUUUUAGUACUGAUGUGUUGUUUUUAGAUGCACAUAACUCAUCAUCGAACAUUUGGGGUGCUGACAUUUUAGUAAAGUGUGGACUUUGUAUUGUCUCUCUGUAUUUUGGGUUUGUGUUUUUGCUUUUGUUUGACUGUUCAGAGUCGUUUGGACUCACACCUGCUGCUCCAAGAGACUUGAAGGGCCCUGAUCGACCGCACUGCCAGAAAAUGCUGCGUUCAGAGACACAUACAGUACAUACACACACACACACACACACACACACACACACAGUAUCGAUGCUGCAUUCAGGAGCGCCAUGUUGAGUAACGUUGCGUUCAGUAUCACACACAGCCACAACACCUCUGUCGAACGCUGUGGUGUGACCUUGCUACUUUGGGAAUUCUAUAGAGACAAACGCUGUUAAAGCAAACAGUGCUUUAGGUACACACAAGGGAAAAUGUGGCAGCUAUAUUGAUAAUCACAGGUUUCCUGCAAUGGUUAUAACUGUAAAUUAGAGGUGUAAAAAUGCAUUGAUAUGUCGGAAACCCCCUUUGUUUUUGUUACCCUGUCUGUUUUUCUACAUAUAUAAAUCUAUUUUUAUUUUAAGGAUGUGUACAAAUAAUUUUAACGAUGGAUUAUUUAUUUAAAAUGUGUAAUAAAUGUACAUUAGAAUACUGAUAUUAAACUCUUGUUUGUGA